AUGGACAAUAGAAAUCAUACAAGUUGGGUCACAGAAUUCACACUGCUGGGACUGACAAAUGACCCAAUGACUGAGCUCAUCCUCUUUGUGUUCUUCUUGGUGGUAUAUAUUGUGACUUUGCUAGGAAACUCUUUAAUGAUCAUCACAAUCACUUUUUCCUCCACCCUUCAGUCUCCUAUGUAUUUCUUUCUUCGUAGCCUCUCUAUGAUAGAUAUAAGCUUUACCUCCUCCACUGUACCGAAACUCCUGCUGGAUUUUAUUUCUGAGGUGAAAAGGAUCUCCUUCACUGGAUGUGUGGCUCAGUUAUAUUUCUUUAUAGCCUUUGGAGGAAUUGAGUGUGUUCUUCUUGCUGCUAUGGCAGGGGAUCGCUAUGUGGCCAUUUGUAUGCCCUUGCGUUACAAAGAAGUAAUGAGUUGGAGAGUGUGCAUGGCGCUAACAGUGAUUUGCUGGAUUAUUGGACUACUAAACUCACUGGCUCACACAGUGUUUACAUUUAGUUUACCAUUCUGCAAGUCUAAAGCUAUCAACCAUUUCUUUUGUGAUAUUCCUCCACUUCUCUCCCUUUCCUGUGCAGACACAAGAUCAAAUGAACUGGUUGUGUAUUUUGCAGGAGGUUCCGUUAUUCUGGGGUCUUUCUGUAUAACCCUUCUUUCAUAUAUCUUUAUUGUUACAACAAUAAUAAAAAUUAAGACAUCAUCGGGUAGACUUAAAGCCUUUUCUACAUGUGCCUCCCACCUUACAGUAGUCACACUUUUCUUCGGAACCAUUUUAUAUACAUACAUCCGUCCCACUUCCACCUAUUCACUAGACCAAGACAGGGUAGUCCCUGUACUCUAUGGAAUUAUCAUUCCUAUGUUGAACCCUAUAAUUUACAGUUUCAGAAAUAAAGAAGCUCAAGGAGCUAUAAGGAAGGUUAUUCUGAGAAAAAAAUCUGGCCUGUACUAGUUAUUAAGUAUGCUAAACAUUUUGCACCCCAAUAGCAUUGUGUAUUCCAUGUGAAUAGAGCAGGGCCACUUGCCAUGGUACAAAGUGAGAACUAGGUACAGUUUACAGCAAGUUACCAGUGACAGCAAAAAGGAACCCCUAGUAACAUGAAGAGACAAAAUUCUAGUUUUUAAGAUAUAAAUUUAGCUCUAAUAGUGCAGAGAGCACAAUUGCAGAAAGGCUGCCUCAGGCAAAGAAUCAUUCCUGAAUAAACGUUCAAUAAAAGUUUGGAUACAUGGAGAAAAUAAA